CUAGAAAAAUCUAGGGUUGCAGGUAAUAAUAACAACUCAAGGAAAUGCAGACACAAAACAAAAACAGAUACACCAAAGAAGAAAAAGAAGUGACUGAAAAACAAAUUUUCUAGGGUUCGAGAAUCUUGAUUUACACAACAUGGAAACAUCAUCUUGUGAUAUGGAGAUGGACACGGCAAUGGAAAUGGAGAAUUCAUCAAACACAACAAAAAUGACCAAUCAGAACAACAUUCAAGAUAGUAGAACCUUACUAUCAAUGGCUCGACAGCUUAUUUCUGAAGGCAGAGCUUCUCUUGCUCUUCAAGCGGUGGUUACAGCAGUGAAGUCAGAAGGAGGUGAUCAAGCUGUAUUCAAUACAUUGCAUCGUGCUCGUGAGUUGUACAGAAACAAGUUGCAAGCAAAUUCUGCCGCAGAUCAACUGGCUUCAUUGUUUGCUGAGUGUGUAAUUGCUGAAGCAAAUCCGUUGGGAGCUGCAUCACCAGCGUCUUACACUGGGCAAAGAGCUCUGAUUAUUACACCAGAUGCUAAUGGGGACUCCAUACUUGCAAAAAGUGGCAGAAAGCAAAUUAUGUUGGAUGCAUUUUCUGAUGGAAGCAGCUUUAUCUGUUUACAGUGUGGGGGGCUUGUGAGUAACAAUCGCAAGGAUGAACACCUUGCGUACUGGUGUUGCAAAAUUUGACUGCCUUCAGAAGAAACAAUUGAAGCCUCAUAGUAAGCAAAGGGCUAUACGGAUCAGCAACGAGCUCGUAUUACACAGACAAGUAAUAUCUACUGCUAGCUUCGUCGCUAAUCCAUAUACGCUCUUUGGUUACUUACCCUACCAGUGCUGAUAACAAAAAAGACCAAUAGUACCAUAAAGAUUAAAGAUUUAAAUAGGUGAGUGGGAGUUGGAGGAAAGAAUUCCCAGCAAUUGAGCUAGCACACGCAAUUCUGGGCGGAUAUGAAAUUCCCACCAGGCAAUAAAACUCUUCCACAUAAGUAAGGCGAAGUUGACGAUUGGGAUUGAGAAGGAGAAGCCUCACACAAGGCAACACUGACCUCUCUGAGAAGAAAUUUAAUUGUAUGGUGUUUUAUUUGAUAAUUUUUGACUCUUAAUGUCACCCAUGAAUAGUUCUUUUCAAUUGACACUAUUAUUACUCUA